AUGAGCAUGCUCCAGCCUUCGCCUUCCAGUACGGCGUCUUCCGCCUCCCGACGCUCCUGGCUCAUCCUAGCAGGGCUCUGUUCCCAGCUUCUCUACGGAGAGGGAAACACGCUUGUCAAUGCGCAGAGCGACUCAUGGGACCCCAGUGGCGCGUUCCCGUCGCCGACGCUGCUGGUCAACGCUACUACAGAGCAGUCGACGUUCUGCAAGCCUCGCCACCUCGACACCAUGCGGAGUCGACCAGUGCCCACGAACGCGUGGUGGGCCAACCUCGUCACGUGCGAUACCAGCACCAACGCCACUUCUCCCGUCUGGCCCAACCCGUUCGCAGUGAGUGUGGAGUACUCGGGGGCAUACGGCUUCGCGCUCAGCUAUCCGUACCGCAACCGGUUCUUCGGCGGCGUCACCGACGGCGUCGCCAAAUACUACGCACACCCGAAGCGAAAUGAGAUCCAACUGACUGCGUGCGAGUUCGCGACAUCGAUCCCGGACAUGCAGGUCGUCAACUGGACGGACCUGGGCGUCACCCUGCAGCUGCAAGCUCCGUCGUCCACAGGUACCAUCAAAACCAGCAUGGUGAGCGGCAUGGCGUACUUCACCGCUACGUACCAGGGGCUCACACCCGAAAUCCUCCUCGAGGCCCCCAUUGCAACCAUCAAUGGAGUCGCAGCGACGAUCGGCACCCGCUACUCCGGCACUAAGUUCAACAUCGUGGCAGUCAGCGGCCAGCAGUGGUGGCUCCACGUCAUCCCGUCGUCGUCUUCGACAAGCGGCAUCCAGCUCAACCUCGCUACCAGCAUGAUCUUGCGGGCCGUGACCUCGUUCAACGGCGUGAUGCGGAUUUCGUCCAUCUUGGACGACACUCAGUCUGCGGCCCAAGACAAGUACAGUAGCUGCAUUGUGACUGGAGGAGACGUGGAGAUCACCAGCGACUCCAAGUACACUUUCAAGUGGAGGACCGACGGCGAUUGCUCCAAGGGACUGCUGCACUACGGACUGGACCACCACGCCAAGUCGCUCACAGCGGCUAGCGUCGCUGAAGUGGCCAACGUCGCCAUGUACUCGGCCACUCGCGGUCUCAUGAAGGCUUUCGUGACGCUCACAUCUCCGCCCGCGUGGUGCUUCUACGAGUCUCGCAACAUUCCCGUGACCCACUACCCGCGCACUCGCCUCACGAAAGCCGUCGCUCUGCAGCAAGAUCUGUUCACCAAGCUGCGCGCUGACAUCCAGAGCAUUUGGACGGUGGCCACUGACGGCAGCUACUACUUCACGGGUAAACUCGUGCAGCAGUACGCGUCGCUGUGUCUGAUGGCCAACGACCCAGUGAUCGUCGGCACCGACAUCUCCCUGCUGCGUCGGUGCGUGACCAAGCUCGAGAAUGCCAUCGCUCCGUUCCUGGAUAAUAGCUGGAAGUACAAGCUCAAGUACGACGCGGUCAUGGGCGGCAUCGUGAGCUCCGAAGGGUUCGUGACGGGCGACAUGAACGCGGACUUCGGCAACACCGUGUACAACGACCACCACUAUCACUACGGCUACUGGGUGCACAUGGCCUCGGUCAUAAACUACCUGCACCCGACCUGGUCGCGGAUCGGAGAGCUUAACAGCAUGACGCGUCUUCUGCUGCGUGAUGUGGCCAACCCGUCACGCGACGACCCGUACUUCCCCAAGUUCCGCGGCUUCGACUGGUUCCGGGGCCACUCGUACUCGCACGGCAUGACGUCGCUGGGAGACGGCAAGGACGAAGAGUCCACGUCUGAGGACAUCAACUUCUCGUACGCCAUGGCGCUCUUCGGCAAGGUCACGAACAACGCGCGCAUGCAGUCCAUCGGUCUGCUCAUGAGCAAGGUGGGCAUGCGCGCCAUCCAGACGUACUUCCUGUUCGACAGCUCGAACACGAUCCACCCUGUGGCGUAUCGUCCGCGGAUGGUGCCCGGCAUCCUCUUCGACAACAAGGCCGACUACGCGACGUGGUUCUCCGCGGACGAGUAUAUGAUCCACGGCAUCCAGAUGCUGCCGGUCACGCCGAUCACCGAGUACGUGCGCACGUCGACGUUUGUGCAGCAGGAAUGGGACAACAUCCUGUCCAAGCUCGACAUUGUCACCACCAAUGACGUGGGCAACUCGUGGCUGUCGCUGCUUUACCUCAACUACGCGCGCGUGAACAAGGCCGAAGCUCUCGUGAAGCUCAACCAGUGCACCAUGAUGAACGGCCUCUCGCUCUCGUGGGCGCUCUACAUCGCCGCGCAGUACUAA